CUGAAAGAAGUGCACGGGUUAUUUCAGGCUGUAGGAGAACUCAACACAAUCGCGAGCAAAAUUCCACAUAGACAAGCAGAAAAUGGCACGGUACCUGGCACAGAUCAUCAUUUUGGGUGCCCAGCUGGUUGGACGGGCGCUGGUGAAGACGGUGCGCCAGGAGCUGCAGGCCUUCGAGGAUGCGGCCCGCAUCCAGGAGUCGCUGAAGGCCAACGAGCCCAGCAGCGGACGCAGUGCGUUGGCCAAGGACAUGACCCUGGCGGAGGCCCAGCAGAUCCUCAAUGUGAAGGACCUCAGUGAUCGCCAGGCCAUAGACUCCCACUACCAGCACUUGUUUGGCGCGAACGAUAAGUCCAACGGCGGCACCUUCUACAUCCAGUCGAAGGUCUUUCGGGCCAAGGAGCGCAUCGACCAGGAACUGGAGCGACUGCAGCUGUUGGCCCAGAGCGGCGUCUCCCUUUCCCAUUCCCAAUCCCAAUCCUCCCCAGCACCGCCAGCAGCAGCCACAUCCGCAUCGCAAUGCCAGGACAAGGAGACGGGUGCCAAGAGCCGGUGAUCCUGUCCAGCUGCAUUCCUGGGUUUGGCUUUUACCAACCUCGUAUUUAGCUGCCUGGUCAUCUCAGUUACCAAAUCGUCUUUGAACUACUCGUACCUGUAUUCAUUUAAAUCGUCAAUUAAAUAUUUUGAUAUGUAA